UUUGAUAUGUUGUAGAUAAUAUUUCACGCUAGCUUUAUUAAUUUUUAAUUAAAGAAGUGAUCAAAAGGAUAUGACGAUAAUUUAUUUAAAAGUGGAAUAAAAAUAUGACGUCUCGUAGCGGAAACUUUUCCCUUGUGUUUUAACAUUUUGUGGAAGUUUUUUCGAGUGGUUCAGUGACCUUUACUCUUGGAAGAUGCUAGCCCAGUGCCUUGCCCUUGUGCUGUGUUAUUUUAUUCUUCCAACAAAUAGCAUAGAAGCCCCUGCCCUACAGAAGCCUCUGAUGAUCCCUGCUGAACUACGUCUUGGGGAGCGCGCGGACAUCAUCUGCACCCUGAGGAGAGGUGACCUGCCUGUCACCUUCAAGUGGCUCUUCAAUGGCCGGGAGAUCAGAGGGGAAGAGCUGGGCAAGGUCACUUCCUACGAUGUCCGAUCCUCUGUCUACCUCAUGGACAAGCUCAGGGCGGAGAAUGUGGGCAACUACACUUGCACGGUGUCCAACGCUGCCGGAUCGGACACUGCUUCGGGGCAACUCUUAGUGGAAGUGCCUCCUGUGUGGGUGGAAGAACCGAGUGACAGCGAUGCGGUACUAGGAUCCCAGAUCGUGCUCACCUGCGCCGCCACCGCACAUCCCCCUCCCCGAGUAACCUGGAGGAAGAUACAAGGUGACAGUGGGAGUGGAUCAACAAGUGGAAAUGGCGAGGAUCAGUCUAGCGGUUUCAUGUAUUCAAAUCCGAGAUGGAUGAUCUCGUCGAAUGGGUCACUGAUUAUUGCGCAAGCGCAGGAAUCGGACGCUGGAGUCUAUGCAUGCCAAGUCGAAAAUGGUAUCGGACCUGGACUAAGCAAAAAUAUUGGUCUUAAAAUAAAUGUGCCACCUAAGGUCUCUGUCCCCAAAGGUCAGCUGGCUAUCCGCAAGGGGGAGGCAGCUCGCCUGGUAUGUGACGUCACGGGCAAUGGACCAAUAAAUGUCAAGUGGGUCAAGAAACAAAACGUCAUCGAGAUCCAUCCGGGUUCCAGGUUUGAAGCCAAUCAGCGACGGACCAAUCCAUCCGGAUAUUCAGGAAAGCAAGAACAGUACACUUUCGAAUUAUUGGUCCGGGACAGUCAACAAGGAGACGGAGGGACGUAUGCAUGUGUUGCUAAAAAUGAGUACGGGGAGCAUAGGGGUGAAGUCACCUUUGAUGUAUUAGAGCCCACCUCUUCUCCACGGGGCGUGCGCAUCACCGAGAUCACCAGCCGAUCCACCCGGGUCUCCUGGCAACCCCCUCUCCCCAGCAACAGUCCCGUCCUCAAGUACCACGUCCGGUACUGGAAGAACGGAGGAGUGACCGGCAAACAGCUACAUCAGGUGGUCCUGGGAGGCAGCGAAACGUCCACCUACCUGGAGGGACUCCAUCCGGGCACAUCGUAUUCGGUGCAGGUGCUAGCCGAGAAUGGGGUUGGCCUCAGCGAACCCUCCCAGCUGAGGCACGUGCAGACUAAGGAAGAAGCUCCCAGUGGAGCCCCUACAGACGUCCAUGCACAUGCAAUAGGUUCCAAACAGAUUGAGGUCUCCUGGAAACCUCCCCCCUCCGAGACGUGGCAUGGUGUCUUGAAAGGCUACUAUCUCGGCUACAAAGUAUCCACCUCUCCGUUGACUUAUGUUUACCACACAACGACGGAACCCACCGGCCGUCGUUUCCGCAUCAAAGGGCUACAAAAAUCCACUCUUUACAGCAUUGUGGUGAAGGCUUACAACAGCAUGGGAUCGGGGCCCGAGUCGCAGCCCAUCGAGGUCAAGACCAGGGAGAGCGAUCCACCUUAUCCGCCGAGCUUCGUCAUUUCCGACGUCACAUCCAGCAGUGCUCUUGUUCAGAUGAAAUCUGAAGAAAUGUCGCCCGUUUUGCAGUACAUCGUGGAAUAUCGCCGUCAGGGUGAAGAAUGGAACCCCGUGCAUGUGCCACGAGAUAAGUCUUCCUUCCAACUGAGCCGCCUGGACAACUGUAUGACGUAUGAGGUACGACUGGCGGCAUACAACGAACACGGAAGGGGAGAAUUCUCUUCCACCCUAGCUUUCACCACUACAGAAAGAGAAACAAACAUCGGCUUCCGGUCCUCGGAAGAAGACAUUCCCUUUUACUUCCGUCACUAUUUUGUACUUCCUGUGGCAGCUUCUGUUGUCGUCAUCGUCACGACCGUGGUCUUUGCCUGGGUCUGCUACAAAAGAGUAGUCUUCAGACAGCACAGGCAUUUAGUGCUGCAACAGCAACUUGCCGGCCACUUACCAGAAGGGCAGCUAACCCUUCACCGCGACGGUUACAUCCGCCCUCCUACAUACAGCCCCCCAUCUAAUCGAAGAGGGGUGGUUGUAUCAACCUCUAUAGUGGGCAUUCUCAAUCCCGAGGAUGGAUAUGAUGCACCCUGGGACGUCAAGAAACAACAACAGCAGCAGCAACAACUAGCAAUUGAGGACAGCGGAGUCCGUCAAAAUCUCGUCGAAAGAGACAACUAAACUCUGUGUGAACUAAGUAUUGUCAGUGUGACGAAUUGACGGCCAUUUUUAUACAGUUUGUUCCCUCUGGGUGUAAUAUGUUUCUAAAAUAAAUCAAAUAAAAACACGAAACAGAAUUGAAAGUUAAGACGUAUAACAGAGUGCUCCAAAAGUUUUAAAAUUCAUAAUAGUGGAUUCUGCAAAGAGACUGCGAUUUGUACUUGUGCCAUGGGCAACAGAUGCAAAAAAGCUCGGACGAUCAUAUCGCCAACAGCUAGUUCAUUUUAGAACAACAGAAAAAAGAUUCAUAAAAUUAAAAAAAAAUAACCUUGCAUUUUCAAAUACACAAUUCUUUCAUUCAGAAUGUUGAAUAUUUAUUAAGAAAUUUUAAAUGCAAGAGUUUAACCGGUCUUGCUGAUACACCUCUUGUUGCCAAGUUGAAUUGUUUAUGAAAAUAAAAUCCUAGUUUCUUAAAGUGAAAGAGAGGAUCUAAGUCAAUAAAUCAAGACUCCUAUAUUCAAGCUAUCAGAACUUUUCAUGGUCAAUGACCUACUGUUGCCAAUGAUAUAUCAUAUUGAAAGCUAAAUUCUUUGAAUUGUUUUGUGUUAUCAAUGCAGUUGCCAUUGUACGAAAACUUGAGGUGAAGUUCAUGUCAAAAAUUCACUAUUAAAUAAAAAUGACUUUUUUUUUUUUCACUCAUUGAGAACUUUUGGAGCUCUUUGUAGUUAUUCAAAGGAUGGAAAGUUUAAGAUAGAGAUAGCGUUUUGAUAAUGCGUGAUGAAAUUAAUUACUGUUUUGUUAAUUAAUUUCCAAAAUUAAAAACAAUGCAUUCCAUUAAAACAAAUCUGUUCAAAACUUCUUGAAAUAAGAUAUUGUCUUGAAAUUUUCAUUUUGAGAGGUCAUUGUUUUUUUUUCAUUUCAUGACCAACAUUAUCACUUAGAAUAAUUAAAAGUAGACGUUAAAUGUUGAAUGGAAAUAUUGAAGCAAAUAUUCUAUUAUUUAAUUGGAUAAAUUUUCUUCAACUUGAAGCUGAUUGGUGAAGAAUCUAUUUAUAGUGUGAAUCGAUUCAGAAAAUAGUGAGAUUGUUAAAAAAUAUAUCAGCUAAUCAAAUCGU